AGCACAUCCUCGAAGAGUGGAUGGAUCUGGCCGAAGAGAUGUCGCACGUGGAUGGUGCCGUGGUUGUCCGGCGACCGGAGCUCAUUGACGUGGAAUCCUCCCCGACCCGGCUGCUCUCGCCAGCGAACAGCUUGGACUACGUCAAGACGCUUCAGUCGUACUUCCCGAUCUUCAAGGAGUCUCUAUUCUCAAGGAUGAUGCUCGUGAAGCACCCAGGGCUGUACGAGCUGCCGAUUUCGCAGAAGUUUCUCGACGCCGUCGAGGAGGGUGACGAUAUGGCGGCAAUGUACCUGAGUACCAAUUACGCCACUGAAGUCACGGUGGUCAAGGAGGCGAGCGAUGGGUAUGAAAGCGUGCCUGCGGUCGUGAGCAUGGCUGACGUGUACGUUGAAGAACACGGCUUCUUCUGGAACGACAAGGCGAGGCUCUGUCAGCUUAUUCCUUGGUGCAUUUGGAACUUGGUGGCGCCCAACUCCUGCCAGUCGUUGGUCAACGGGAGGAACGUCGAUACUAAUGAGACGAGGCUCGGGCCUGGAGAGGCGCGCCACGGCAAGGUGGUUGUGCUGACGCAGGAGUACGGGCUAGCGUACUACCAUCUCCUGGUGGAGAACCUGUCGCGAAUCACCAUCGUUCUGGACGUGCUUCUGGAAAAUCCCGAUAUCAAGGUGGCACAAUUCUCGUUCCUUUUUUUCCGGGCGGGUACAUACGCAUGCGACCAGCUUCAUGAUGACCCCAUGCCGUCGACAUGCCGCUUGGUGAAAUCCUGUUCUCGCCCCCUCAUCUUCACCGUAGAAAAACAUGCCAAGGUGGAACUUCUCAGGGAGUACAUAUACGGGCUCUUCGAACUCCUCGGCAUCUCGCAAGAGCGCGUAAUGUUUAUCGAGAAGAUUCAUGCGGACCUAGCGCUCGUGCCCCCUGCGACAGUGUGUGGCAAGCCCAAUGCCGUACUGGUGACUCUGCUGAGACACGCCCUUCUGCAGGGGAUGUACCCGGACACAGGAGGCGUGCCGCCUAUUCCUCCGAAGCCGAUCAUGGUGCUAAUCGUGCGAGCGAAUAAACGGGGCCUUGGAAACAACGACGAGGUUCGAGAUGCCCUUAUCCAGAACUUCCCAGACCACGACGUGGUUGAGUUCUUCGGCACUGACCCGAUCCGAGAGCAGCUUGAACUUUUCGCAACAGCGUCCGUCAUUGUGGCCCCCCAUGGGGCCGGGCUUGCGAACAUCGUGGUUUCGCCGCUCCACACCAUGGUCCUCGAGAUCGGUCCCAUCGAGUGCCCGACGUGCUACGUUAACAUGGCGAUCAAGCUCCAGCACAUCUAUGCCAGGCACGCCGGGAGCGACCGCUGGGACGACGACUGCAGUUCUUGGUAUGAACCAAACGUCGAUGAAAUCGUCAACCUAGUGAGGUGUUUCUGGAGCAAACAAGGCGUGCACAUGUAA